CUCGCCGUGCGCUUCGGUGCAUGUGUGUGCGGAGUGUGUGGCGACUGCGGUCGGACUGUGGUUGUGUUGUGUUGCAGCCAGUCGACUUUUCCCGUGUUUAGCGUGCGAAGCGAUGGCAGUGUGCAAGAAAUGGCUGUGAAACACACCGGCCGAGCGUUGCUAGCCCUGCUCGGGCUGCUGGCGAUCGCGAACGCUCUUCGUUGUAACUGCACAACGUGCGAGAAGACGGGCUACGAGUGCGAGACGGAUGGCGCCUGCAUGGCCUCCACGUACACCAUCCAGGGAAAGGAGCAGCAUAUGCGCACUUGCAUCAACAGGGACGACCUGGUUCCGCCCGGGCAACCCUUCUACUGCCUGAGCGCCGAGGGCCUGCUCAACACUCAUUGCUGCUAUGUGGACUACUGCAACAGUCUUGACUUGAAAGUCCCCGUGCUCACAAAGGAGGACGAUUCAGGCUCGGCUGGUUCCUGGGGUCCGGUGGAGCUGGUGGCGGUCAUCGCGGGGCCCGUCUUUCUGCUCUGCGUACUUCUGAUGGUGGGCGUCUUCCUCUUCCAAUAUCAUCAGAGGGCCUAUGGUCACAGGCAGAGGCUGGAGGUGGAGGACCCCUCUUGCGACCAUCUGUAUUUGGCCAAGGACAAGACCUUGCAGGACCUCAUCUAUGACAUGUCUACCUCCGGAUCAGGCUCUGGCCUGCCUCUCUUUGUGCAACGGACCGUGGCCAGGACCAUCGUGCUGCAGGAAAUCAUAGGAAAGGGCCGUUUCGGAGAAGUCUGGCGAGGGAAGUGGCGCGGCGGCGACGUGGCGGUGAAAAUCUUCUCAUCCAGAGAAGAGCGCUCCUGGUUUCGAGAAGCCGAGAUCUACCAGACAAUCAUGUUGCGCCAUGAAAAUAUUCUGGGAUUCAUCGCGGCAGACAAUAAAGACAAUGGCACAUGGACUCAGCUGUGGCUGGUGUCAGACUAUCACGAGCACGGCUCCCUCUUCGACUACCUGAACCGCUACUCUGUCACCAUCGAGGGAAUGAUCAAGCUGGCGCUGUCGGCCGCCAGCGGUUUGGCACAUCUGCACAUGGAGAUCCUCGGCACUCAGGGUAAGCCCGGCAUCGCGCACCGGGACCUCAAGUCCAAGAACAUCCUGGUGAAGAAAAACGGCAUGUGCGCCAUCGCCGACCUCGGCCUGGCCGUCCGCCACGAGUCCAUCACCGACACCAUCGAUAUUGCCCCCAACCAGCGCGUGGGCACCAAAAGGUACAUGGCCCCGGAAGUUUUGGACGAAAGCAUCAACAUGAAGCACUUUGAUUCGUUCAAGUGCGCCGACAUCUACGCUCUGGGCUUGGUGUACUGGGAGAUCGCGCGCCGCUGCAACGCCGGAGGUAUCCACGAGGAGUACCAGCUGCCCUACUAUGACCUGGUGCCCUCUGACCCCUCCAUCGAGGAGAUGAGGAAGGUGGUGUGCGACCAGAAGCUGCGGCCCAACGUGCCCAACUGGUGGCAGAGCUACGAGUCGCUGCGCGUGAUGGGCAAAAUUAUGCGCGAGUGCUGGUACGCCAACGGUGCGGCGCGGCUGACGGCGCUACGCAUCAAGAAGACGCUGUCGCAGCUCAGCGUGGAGGAGGACAUCAAGAUGUGAAAGGAGCCCUGCCAGUUUUCAAGCCAAGGCCUACCUCACCUUUUUAGCCAAAACUACUGAGACCCACCAACCCUGUCCAACGUCCUCGUGUCUCCCCCCCCACCCCGACCCGACCCUGGAACCCCUUCUCGUCGUCUUGGGCCGCAGCACUACCACUGUUAAUAUCAUCUCACUUUUCUUUUCAUCUUUCAGAUGGCAGGAACUACUAUUGUACAGUUUUCAUGAUUUUUUUUUUUUUUUUUUUAAAUUCACUCUAAAGUUUUCCCAUCCAUGUAACAGCUGUGAAUGUUUGAGGAAGGCGGAGGCCAUGUUUGUAGUCCCAUGUGAAAGACUACAAACACAUCCUACCACCGUAUCCAUCGCUAACUCGAGGUAAAAAAAGAAAAACAACAUAAAAUGUGACCGUGCGUAGCUUCCUCUGUACAACCUGCAGGCAAUCACCCGACUGGCAGGGAAAAAUGUUUUUUUUUUUUUUUUUUUAUUUAUUUGUGACUUUUGACUUGAUGUGGAUGAACACUGUGAGACGGCCGGCGCGUCGCAAAUCGGCGCUCGCCUGUCGUCCAAACGGCGCGGUCACACAGGUGCGUCGGGCCGAGUGGCGUAUCAAAUGUUUUUAUUCUUUUUAAUAGACAUAUUGUAUAUCUCAAUAUUAUGCGUUUCUCAUGAAUUGUGUUUUCUUUUGACUUUCAACACUACUGAUGAUGGGUACCUUUUUUUUUGUGGUUCUUUUUAAAUUAAAUAACACUCCCCUUAUCCGUAAGCACCAAUGUGAACAGUGAUGGUACUUUGGCAGUUUUUUUUUUUUUUUUUCGUCAACAAAACAAAAUGAACCUGCUGGAUUUUCUUUCGUUUUCAUUUUUGUUUUGUUUUUUUCCCUUUCCCAUCUGUUGGUACUACUGAUCCCACAUGUUUGCUGCAUCUGAUCUCCUUUUCUUUUCAUGGUCGGGAUUACCAGGCAAGUUUUCAAGGCUCAACUGUAAUUAAAAACACCUCCUCUCACUGACACUGGAAUACUUUUAGGGAGCCACCUAAACUUCUGGAACCGGUUUGAAUGCAAAAGCAGAGAAGCAUGAUGUCAAAAGUAGUUCCUGGAUUGGCUGCCAAAGUCGAGCUGCAUGUUUCUCAUUCAUUUUGUUGGCCUAGGCCACAAUCAGGAAUCUGUGUGUCCAUGUUUGUUUGCGUCCAUUCCAUGUUGGUGUCCGUCAUGCAUGCAGCCGGGGAGAGACGGGAGACAGAUUGUACAAAAUGUACAACGGCCCUGUCCAUGUUUUGUUUUGUUGCCAUGCAUACACGGCUAUUAGACAUUCUGUCCAUGUGUAAUAUUUCAAGAAAGAAAGAUCAUGUUGUGAAAAUGUUUUCAGGAUGACUGUAUAUAGAUAUACAAUAAAUUCCUUUUUUUUUUUUCU